AUGUGCGGCGCUGACGGCAGAUGGGCUCAUGGGAAAAACACCAGUGAGUGUGAGCAGGACGACCCAGGACAGAAGCAGUAUGGUCAGAUCCUCAGUAAGUUCAGAGUCAUGUACACCGUGGGAUACUCGCUGUCUCUGGCAGCACUGACUCUCGCGCUGGCCAUCCUGAUCAGCUUCAGGAAGCUGCACUGCAUGAGGAACAACAUCCACAUGAAUCUGUUCGGCUCCUUCAUCCUGCGCGCCGUCUCCAUCCUCGUCAAAGACGCGCUGCUGGAUCAGAUGAGCAGCGCUCAGAGCUUCCAGGGGCAGCGCUGGGUCGGCACUCAGACGGUGAGCGGCUGCCGUGUCGCCAUGGUGAUGAUGCAGUACAGCAUCAUGGCCAACAACUACUGGCUGCUGGUGGAGGGUCUGUAUCUGCACAGCCUGCUGGUCAUCACCGUCUUCUCCGAGAGGAACUACUUCUACAUUUACCUCUGCAUCGGCUGGGGUGCGCCGCUCAUAUUUGUGCUGCCGUGGAUGACAGUCAAGUACCUGUAUGAAAAUGAAGAGUAUAUUAAUUUCAUCAUAUUCAUUCGUAUAAUAAAGAUUCUGAUGUCCAAGCUGAAGGCGCAUCAGAUGAGAUACACAGACUACAAGUUCAGGCUGGCCAAGUCCACGCUCACGCUGAUUCCUCUGCUGGGGAUUCACGCCAUCCUCUUCACCUUCGUCAUCGAUGAGUCCGUGCCGAAGGAGUCUCUUCUCAGGCUGAUCCGCCUCUUCUACGACCUCCUGUUCAGCUCCUUCCAGGGUCUGCUCGUGGCCAUCCUGUACUGCUUCGUCAACAAAGAGGUCCAAAGUGAGAUGCUGAAGAAGUGGAAGAGGUGGAAACUAGGCAAGGACAUUGGGGAAGAGUACCGUCACACCCACAGCCAGACGCCCCACGCCAAAAGCUGCAGCAUGGCCCCAGCAAUGACCCACGAAUGCCCCGAAUCCCCAGAACUGGCGGCCUCGGCGUCCCAGCGUCUAGUGACGGGCCUUCAGAAUGGAGUGAGCCAGAACCGGAGCCGUGUGAGGCUGCAGUUGACCUCCGAGCCACAGGAGGGUGCCAGUAACUGCAGCUCUCUGACGGAAGACAUUUGUCUGGAAAAGCGUCCCCUCAACAGUGAGUGCUCAGCGGUGGUGACAGAAACCAACCUUUAACACUAAUGGAUCAAUGGAGAUGAUGUUUCAUUCCAGAUAUGGUCUUCAUGUUAGCA